GCUGUAUGUGGACAUUUAUAAUUUCUAAAAGGAGAUUUCGCACAAUCUUCUAUUUCACUUCAGGGUAUAACACGGUUUAUUAACCUCAACACAGUCACACUACAGUUGGCAAUAAGUCCCUCGAGUAAUAGGUUUUCUGUGAAGGGUUUUCUUUCCUUAUCAUAAUAAGUAAUAUUAAUAAGUGCGUUUACGCUCAAAAAUACCUUUGCAGUCAGGAGAAAAUAAUUUCCCCCACUUCCCGGCUGGGUGUGUAAUGACGUUGCUCCAUUACUGACGGACCUAUCUCACAAAGAGCUCAAUCAGUGGAGGCGAAUGUCUUAUACAUUGUCCCAGGACACCGGAGAGGACGCAGACCAGGAGCAGCACUCUGCGCAACGACACGAUCUUGGAACAACAUCUUAAAGGGAGACGUAGCACUUCUGGCCAAAAUUCUUCCCUAUCAUCAAAUCCUUAAAAAACAUAUCAAUAUCACCUGAUCUGCAACAUAUUUUCCGGGCCAUCAGGAUCAUCACUUGCCAGCACCACAGAACACAUUUGACAUCAUCGAGGAGACCAUGAGCAGCAACUACAGCGCCACUCUCUUAGGCCCUGCCCCCUGGGGCUUCAGGCUGCAGGGAGGGAAGGACUUCAACAUGCCCCUCACCAUCUCCAGGCUGACAGAUGGUGGGAAGGCCGCUAAAGGUGGUAUUGCCGUUGGAGACAUGGUUCUGUCUAUUGACGGCAUCUCCACAGAUGGCAUGAACCACCUGGAGGCCCAGAACAAGAUCAAGAGCUGCACUGGAAACCUCAGCCUCACCCUGCAGAAGGCCUCCAGUGUUCCUAAACCUCCCCCCGUGGCACCAAAGGAUGACAGAUCAGACAUCAUAAAACCAGUGGCCCUCACCCAUCCACCUCCACCACCCCAUCCCCACCUUCACUCCUCCAGCCCCUCAACCGCCCCUUACAACAAAGCCCCCAGACCUUACGGGGGCUGCGGAACAGAGCGCGAAUACCUUCCUUCACAGUCCCCUUUUGCUCCCUUCAUACCAUCUCCAUCCUCUGCCUUUACUCCUGCCUCCUUCCACCGCAACAGUCCUCCUCUUCCUCCUCCUCCACCUCCUGUCUCUUACCCAUCCUCUUCCUCCUCGUCCUCCCCCCCUGUCCUUGUUCCGCCCCAGCCAUCAGUGUAUAACACACCGAUCAACCUCUACUCCAAUGAGAACGCAUGUGAGGUGGCCAUGGGGCAGAGGCGGGGCCUAUUGGAGAGUCAGGGUGGAGCCUUGCCUUUGCAGUUGAAUGGAGUUCCCAGGAAACACAUCGUAGACACAGACAUCCAUUUUUACCAUGUGCCCACUCAUGCUGAUGCCAGCAGGAAGCGCAUAAUGGAGGACACAGAGGACUGGCGCCCACGCACCGGCACCACCCAGUCCAGAUCAUUCAAGAUUCUGGCUCAGAUCACUGGCACUGAGAAUGCUCAAGAAGAGGAAGCUGACGCAGCCAAGAAGGCAAAUGAGGAGGGAGAGGAGCCAGAACUCAACAGCCACGAGUCCGCAGUUGUCAAGACUAUGAUCAAAGGACCCGCUGCAACCCAGGGUUACAGUCCACAGAUUGGGUUGAUCACCCCAUCUUUCGGUAUGAAGGGUAAUGGAAGUGCCAGUGUCCCAAGGGGUCCUGUCCCAGCCCGACCUGUACCUCAACCCCACCCUAAAGAUGAAGACUCCCUGGUCCAGAUGGCAGAGCACAUCCCUGCUGGGACUCGUACGCCCAUGUGUGCCCAUUGCAACAUGGUCAUCAGAGGGCCAUUUUUGGUAGCAAUGGGGAAAUCAUGGCAUAAGGAGGAAUUUAACUGUGCCCACUGCCGUUCCUCCAUGGCAGAUACUGGCUUUGUGGAAGAACAGGGAUCUGUCUAUUGUGAACACUGCUAUGAAGAGUUCUUAGCUCCUACAUGCAGACGCUGCCAGACUAAGAUAUUGGGGGAGGUGAUAAAUGCCCUCAAACAGACGUGGCAUGUCUACUGCUUUCUGUGCGCUUGCUGUCAGCAGCCAAUCAGAAACAACACGUUCCACCUGGAGGAUGGAGAACCAUACUGUGAACGAGACUUCUACAGUUUGUUUGGGACUGGCUGUCACGGCUGUGAGUUCCCCGUUGAGGCUGGAGACAAGUUCCUGGAGGCCCUUGGUUACGUCUGGCAUGACACCUGCUUUGUCUGCGCUGUGUGCUGUACCACUCUGGAAGGCCAGACUUUCUUCUCCAAGAAAGACAAACCUCUUUGCAAGAAACAUGCUCACACACUGAAGAUAUGAAUCUUGGACUUUCCUCACAAUCUUUAUUGCCAUAAAUUUUUUCUUGGUUUGUGGGGUGGGAAUGCCUCUUAAUAGUAGUUAGUUCAUACAACAAUAAAACUCAAGCCAUACUCGCACAAGCAUAGUAGUGGCCUUUGCAGGUCAGGAUAAGGGAAACACUGCCAUGUAUGUAAAAGUGAACUUAUUUUUGAACAGCAAAAUGGCUUGUAAAAGAUCACUGUUUUCAGUUUUUAACAAUUUUUCACCAAAAAAUACUCCGAAAGAAAAAUUUCAUCUGGAUUUUAUUUGCUCAUGCAUCCAUCCAUUGGUUUUGCUGCCAAAUGAUGCAGUGUAUGUGUACUACCACUAGGAAUCACCAAAGUCAGACAUUUAAUAAUACAUAGGAUUGUGUGAUCUUAUUAUUUCUUAAUCCAGAGUUUAAGCUUGAGUUUUUCAGAAGUGUGACAAUGGUGAAAUCAUCACAUUUACCUUUGUGAGUCAAAGUGCCCAAACCUGUUACCUGACAGUACCAACCAAUGAUAUUCAUAUUAUACCAUACUACAUAAUUAAGAGGAGGGAGUUUGUUUUUGUUAGUGUUCAUGUUUGUGUAGCUCGAAUCGAAUUUCACAAUUUGAUCAUCAUUAUAAGUUAAAGAGAAUAUUAACCAUCAAAUUUCCUGCAUUAAACUUUGUUGUAUUUUGUUGUGUUCUUUGCUGUACAUAUAUAGCAAAACCAUAUUACAGACGAAUUAAGAUAUAAAAUUCUGCAUCUUGUAUAAGUUGUUUUAAUACAGGUGAGCUGGAUGUCUGCAGGGACAGUGAAUGCUGUUGCCUUUGACCAGUACUUAAAAUGAUUUGAACUUUUUCUGUAUUUUUUAAAUGAAAUCUGUGUAUUUUAUUUUCUAUUCAUCAUGUGGAACUGAUAACAUUGGCAAUAAUGUUACUGGUUUCAAAACAAAUGGUCACAUUUUAGUAAUGUGAAUUUGAAACGACUUUUGAGAAAGAGGAGUGGUCUGUUUUUUAUGGAGGACUGAAUUGGCCCUAAAUAUAAAUAAACAUAAACAAAUAAAUGUAUAACAAAAUAUUAUGUAUAUUUAUGUAUUUCUAAUUACUUUGAUAGCCUGACGUAUCUUGACAAUUGCAUAGAAUUGACUAAAUGUUUUCAAUACUGAGUGCCAUAUAGUUUCACUAAUUAUAUUCAUAUUCGUAUUUACUUUACUUACUAUAUAUAUUUAUUUUGUAAUAACUGCAUUAAUUUAAGGUUGAUUCAGUCCUCCAUAGGCUUUAUAAAAGUGAGUAGCUCUUUGUGGUCUGGCCUGCAGGAGGUCAAAAGUGGAUACUAUAAUCCUUGUGUAGCAAACUGUAUAUUUUAUUUUGUUUAUAGAAGGGAGAAGUAUCUUAUCUGACAAUAUGUAUUUAACUGUUUGGGUAACUGGGUUUUUGCUUUUCAGGGACUGGUGCAGGGAAUGGAUGGGGGGGUAGUUUCUUCUGUGUUUUUAGUAUCUCACUUGACUGUCCACUAACUGUCCCAACAUGUUGAUUUGGUGAUAUUUACUUUUCAUUAUGGCUGAGGGGUACAUAUGGACUAUUUUGUUUUGUUUUCCAUAGCAACAAAACUCACUCAUAUUCAUUUUCACAUAAUUAUCAUAAAAGAGAGCUGUGUUUUUAAUGUUUGGGGCAAAAGGGGGCGAGUAUAGUGUACAAUGGUAAAAAAUGCUUAAUUCUCACCUACAAAAGUUGGAACUGUUAAAAUUGGUCUAAUAAAUGAUGUGCUUUUAAACCCCCAAGAGAAA